CAUUUACGCGUAAUACCUAAUUAUACUACGCAGUAAUUUUAUAAUAAUACACACAGUAGAGAAAUCUAUAAUCAAGAAGACGUAAUUAAGAAAAUCGGUUACCUACCAAAAACAUUGACAAUAUAAUUGAAAGUAAAGAGUUUAUUUUAAGACAGUUAUAAAUUUGUAUACAGCGAAAAAAUACGCUAACGAACACUCAAUCUACUGGGAAUAAUAUCCAGCUUGUAGUAUAAAUCACGUUUUAAAGGUAGUUGAUAAUGACAAAAGUUUCAACGGCAUCUAAUAAAACGUUACAUCUAACCGGAAUCGGAUUGGCAGUCCAGGCGUUUUAUAUAAAUUUAACGCUGGACACCGUGAUGGGUGGCGAUUUUGUUCAGUUAAAGCCCGCAGGACCACCCAUCAUAAAUCCGGCGGGAGUCUGGAGCGUGGACCAAGUGCCCCAGGGAUACGGUACGGCUGGCAGUAACUUGGCGUUGAACGGAUUGCAAGCGUUACAGGCGUUCGGCGGGAACAAAAUCGACGCCAACGGAUAUCGGGACCAGAACGGGUUCUACCGGGACAAUAACGGUGCGCUAAACGGAUAUGACGUCGGCAAUACGUAUGGCGGUGUCAACGACCGUGGCGUUACAAGUGUCGAAGGCGGAGCUUACGGCGGGAUAAACGGACGGAACAAGGGACACCAAGUCGCUGGAUUCAGCACUUCGUAUCAGAAAAACGAAAGCGGCAAUAAAGCUACGUAUUACGACGACGGUCUCGGACACGGCGGAGUGAUUCAGUAUGGUGCGAAGGAUCAGAGGUUUAGAGACGGAGAAGGCAAGGCGUUCGGAGGGGGAUACCACGAUUCGUCGGUGAAGACGAACGCGGGCGGUCAACAAGGCCAGUUCGGUAACGGCGACGGUUACCACACCGCCGGCGGACAGGCCGGCGACGCGGUCAACAAUCAGCUGUACGGCACGCGGUCCGACAGCGGUUCCGGCAUCGUGGCCGGCACGCCGUUUUUGGUGUCCACCUCGGACCCGCUGCCGCCGGUCGUCCACCUGCCGCCGCAGUACGUGCCCCAGACACCACCGCAGUACGUGCCCCAGGCUCCGCAGUACGUGCCCCAGGCCCCGUACGUGCCGCAGGCCCCGUACGUACCGCAGGCCCCGUACGUACCGCAGGCCCCGUUCACGCCUCAGGCCCCGUUCACGCCCCAGGCCCCGUUCGUGGCCCCGGCCUCCGUUCUGUACCAGAACAACAUACCGCAAUUGCCGCCGGUCACGCAGCAGCUGCAACCGGGAUCGAUACUGCCGCCGUACAACGUGCAGUUGCCAGCCCUGUCGCUGUCCGCCCGCUCGCCGUCCGGCCAGUACGUCGUGCCCAUGCCGCCAAAACUCUACGUGGACAAGCCCAACGCCACCAAAACGGACGGUUGAACAUUUUCGAUCCAUUUUUUUUUUUUUUUUUUCUAUUACAGUUUACUAAUUUUACGUUGUUGUCUAUUAAUACAUUCCAUUUUAUUUACGAUAUUGUGGCUAGUCGAUAUGGUUAUUCGUUAGGAUCAGUUAUACGAUAUUGAUAAUAUUUAAUAACAAUAAUAAUAGUAAUAAUAAUUAAUAAUGAUGAUGAUGAAUUAUAUGCGUUACGUCGCGUUACCCGCGUUACAUGUGUAUUAGAUUGUAACGAUGACGACGAUGUAUAUUGUAUGGAUUUCAGAUGAUGAUAUAAUUUGUGUGCUUAGAACGUUUAAAAAGUUUUAUAAAACGCACCGAUGUCGAUUCAAAAUUUACCGAACACGUCAUACGAAUAUAACGUGUAAAAUAUCGAACGAAUACGAUAGUGCAGCGAUGUGUGUAAUGUAUAUUAUUAUAUUACUAUCAUGAGACACUUAUCAAAACGUUCAAAACUACAUUUUAGAUCACAUUUAUCUAAUACU